UUUGGCAAUAAAUGAAGAUUGAUAUAUCAGCGUGUGUGAUAUAACUUGGAUUUCAGUAUAUCAAAAACAUAUCAGUUUUAUUUAACGUUUUGUAUGACGGCACUAACUCGGAGACGAAGAUUGUUCGCAAUUCGACACCAAACAACUCGUACACGUAGCCAGGAAUAGCUGUGCGCAUAGUCCGUGUUGAUUUCCCCGCGCUUGGAAAGUUGGAGCAACAGCAGUGCUGUUGAUGAUCAGCAUUAUUUCAAAUGUUGGUAUAUGACUUCAGGGUAAUCAUCUUUUCAAGUGAUGCAAGGCUUUCCCCUCUGAAAUGAGGAAUAUAUUGCAGAACGUUUUGAGUUGCCUGAUUUAUAUAUGUCAUCGAAUGCCUUACAGAGGACAAAGGUGUGGCAUUAUUACGAGAUUAUCACAUUUCAGUCCUUGACUCAGCGCAUGCCAAACAUUAAUUAACGACUGUGUUGAGAUUGGACACCGGAAUUCGAGACACUUCCUAUCACAGUCCCUAGCUGUCGAGGAGUCUAGAACGUUACUUAGACUGAAAAAUGGCUAGCAACUAUCGCGUAUCUAUUUGCGCUAACUUCGUGAUCAUUUUGGGCAGUAUAUUCUUCAAGACGGUCACACCAUGUUCUCCUGAUCCGAGUAAACCAAGCUACGAUAUUACUGAACUGGCAAUACUUGCGCCAGUUGUUAUUGUAGGACAUGUUACGAAUAUUUCGGUGGAUUCAAAUAUACAGAUAUUUACCCAAUACUCUGCCUGCUUGGACGUGAAGGAAAUCAUCAAACGCGACAAUUUUGUGUCUGUUCCGAAGAGAUUCUGUACGAAACAAUUUGGUACCGAAGCUAUGUGCUUGUCUCAUGUAUAUCCAAAUGUUUCCUAUUUAUUUUUUCUGGAUAAUAAUCUUCAAGCAAGAUAUGACGCUCAUUUCUCAGCAGCGAGACUUGCGACUUAUUUCGCGAUCGCACAAGCUCGAAGAGGAUAUUGUGAUGUGAAAAACUCGACAAAUUGUGUCCCACCCAGCAUGGCUGAUGUUCCAAAGCAAUUGGUCGAGGCUGACGAAGGAAAUAGCGUUGUUCUGACAUGUCGUGCUUCAGGCACAAAACCCCACGUUGUCACCUGGCUCUUUGAAGGUUCAAGUAGUAUACCACUAUUUUCAAAUGUUGGAUAUGACGGUAGCCUAUAUAUUCGCAAACUUUCCAAAAGUUCAGGGGGGAAAUAUACGUGUACAGUCAAAAAUGCUGCUGGUAGCAUUUCUCACGACAUUAACAUCGUUGUUAAAUUAAAACAUUGCGGUGGCAAUCUUAUGGUAAAUAAAAGAUUGAAUAUUGCUUCUCCGAAUUUUCCGGGUGAAUAUCCUCAGGACAAGACGUGUGUUUGGAGACUGUGUCCACGGCGCGGGAAUCGAAUCAAAUUUAAUUUUAACAUGUUUCAACUAAAUCCGUACGAUUCUAUUAACAUCGAUAAUGAAUGCAACACACAUGGAGAUUCUUGGAGGAUAUAUUGUGGAAGUGUAACACCUGGUUCUUUUGUAUCGCGAUGUAAAAGCAAAUGUGUCCAAUUGAGAUUGGUUUCAAGAAUCAAAUAUGAACACGAAGAGCAACCUUUUGUUGGUAUGAAUUUCACAGUAGAACCAAGUCGUAAAAGAAGAACAAAGAUGUUUGAUUUCUUAAGAUAUUACUGCAGCAGCGAUUCUGUAAUCAAGGGAAGAUAUGUUUUUCACAAUCCUCCGAUUAACAACGUCAGAAUUUUCGCUCUCGAGAGUUUCAAGGAACCGUAUAGUCAUAACACGACUUACGAUAUUGUAUACAAGAACGAAGACAAAUAUGGUUGUUAUAAAGAGUAUGACUUUAGAAAUGAUUACUACUACUUCAUGACAAAAGGCAGUGGCAUAUUUAACGUGAUAGCAGCCAUACCAGAUAUCAAAUCACAAGAAGCUGAUUAUUUAAAGGCGAUGCUGAAAAGAUACAAAGACAAGGAUCCAUCAUGUCAACCAUCAAAAUGAGGAAAUUCUAUUCUCACAACGUAUUUUAUGAAAAUUCUGGGAAUUUUUUUUGAUAGAUCGUUAUAAUCAGUAUUAAUUAAAUAGUAAAAAAAAUCAGGGUAUAAGUUCUUUUUUAUCUUAAGGUUUCAAAUUUUUCGCUGUUAGCCCUGCAUGCAAUUUAUUUUAUCGGCCUAUAUAUAUACAUUUAGGUUAGUAAGUACUGGAAAAAUAUUUUUAAAAAAUUAAUUGAAAUUUAAAAGUAUAAUAGCGUUAAUGUCAAGAACUGACUAAGCCAGGCCUGACGAUUUAGUCAUGUUAUGCAAAUUAUAUGUUAUUAU